GUUUCGUUGUGUGGCAGUGUGUUAGUGCCGUGGCGAUCAUCAGUGACGAUGGCAAGAGGAGGAGCAAUCACCCUAUUGUGGAUCAAUUUGAUCUGUCUUAUCAGUGUGGCUGUGUGCACCCCGGACGCGCCCAAGCAGAAUGGUGAACGGUCCGGUAUGCAGAUGGCCGGAGAAACACUCCUCUCCGAGCAACUGUUUGCCAUUAUCGAUCUGUACAAGCAAGAAGAUCCGGUUGGACUACCAGGUGCCACCAUUCCCGAUCCGAUGCCCAUUCCAGAGAUUAAGCAAUCAUUCUCCUUCGCCAAGAUGCAUCUGCGCAAUGUACUGGCCCACGGGAUGUCUCGUUUUCGCAUCCGGUACUUUCACACCGAGCUGAACAGUAUGUCCGUCACGACACAGAUUUCGAUCGAUGAGAUCACGGUCAAUGGCAACUACACGAUGAGCACGUUCUUUAACCGUGCCGAGGGUCCGUUUACGGUGCUGAUGCGCAAUGUGCUGACCAAGGCAAACGUUUCGCUCGCCGUCGAACGGGACGGUACGCUGCGUACCAAGGAUAUCGAGCUGGACAUUGCGUUCGACGAUAUGGCGAUGGACUUUCAGAACCUUGGCUUCAUGGGCAGCAUUUUCCAGAGUGUGGUCAACUCGGCGUCCAAUUUGGUGUACGACACGAUGAAGCCGUUCAUGCUGUCCGAGGCGUACACGAAAAUUCGCGACGAAGUCGACAGCCGGAUGCUGAACAUAACGGUCGAGAACGAUUUUAUUCUGCCCAAUUCGAUCUCGCCGCUUGAUAUGGCGAUUGGUGAGGCGCGUGGUAUCGUGCGUGCUAAAGGAUUUGAUCCGUUCCUCGUACCGGACUACAACAACACGGCUGGCAUCGUUGGAAUGCAGACGAUGCACACGUGGAUUAGUGGGUGUUCUAAUUUCUACCGGUACGGUGACAUCUCCAUUACGAUGCAAAACAACUCGGCGACGCUCGGGAUGCAUGUGGCAACUCAGCGAAUCGUUGGCUCGACGCAAUGGGAAGUGUCGAUCGGUCGCGGUAUGCUUUCCCAUGCUGGACGAGCCCAGUUCACGGUAGAACAUAUACGCGUCGAGUUUCAGGUCGAGCAACCGUUGGAUCUUCGCAAGCAGCUCAAGCUUAAAGACAUUCAGCUCGAACUGGGUAACAUCCAGGUGCGGUGUGAUGGUGCAGGGACGUUGGACUACGUUAUUGAGGCUGCAGUCAACAUACUGCCGAAUCUGUUGCGGUAUCAAAUUAUGGAUGCGAUCGAAAAUCCACUACGGAUGCGCAUACAGGAGAAGCUGGACUGUAUCAAUACGGAGGCGUUGGUGCGAAAGUACGUGAAGCAGUACGAGCAGAACACGAUCAAUAUUGAUCUGCAGGACUUUGAGCUUUGCGAAGCGAAGUUUGUAGUGUGAACUGUGCGC